AAUUUAUCAUUGGAUGAGAGAAAAUGUAGAAAUUAUAUUUCAGAAGCUAGAAGGUUGAGAUUAGGGGAAGGAGAUGCUGAAGCUUUGAGUAAUUAUUUUUGUCGCAUGCAAAGUAGGAACCCAAACUUUUUUUAUGUGCUGGAUUUAGAUGGUGAAUCUCGAAUAAAAAAUAUUUUUUGGGCAGAUGCAAGAUGUAGGGCUGCAUAUGAUUACUUUUGUGAUGUUGUGACUUUUGAUACAACCUAUUUGACUAAUAGUUAUGACAUGCCUUUUACUCCAUUUGUUGGGGUGAAUCAUCAUGCGCAAUCUAUCUUAUUGGGAUGUGGAUUAAUAUCAAGUGAAGACUUAGCAACAUUCACAUGGUUGUUCAACUCGUGGUUGACAUGUAUGCACGGAUCUGCUCCAAAGGCUAUAAUCACGGACCAAUGUCAUGCCAUGGCAAUCGCAAUUGAAAAGAUAUUUCCGAAUUCUCAUCAUCGUCUAUGUCUUUGGCAUAUUAUGAAAAAACUGCCAGUGAAGUUAGGUGGUCAUGUUCAUUACAAAGAUAAAGAAACAAUUGAAGACCAUUGUUUAUAACUCGCUCACAGUUGAUGAGUGUGAUGAAAACUGGCUAAAAAUGAUUGAGGAGUUUAAGUUAGAGAACAAUGAUUGGUUGAAAUCUUUGUAUAAGGAACGAAAUAGAUAGAUGCCUGUGUAUGUUAAAGAUCACUUUUGGGCUGGUAUGUCUACAACUCAAAGAAGUGAAAGUAUGAAUGCAUUUUUUGAUGACUAUGUUCAUUCUAAAACAUCUUUGAAGCAAUUUGUUGAGCAGUAUAAUAGUGCAUUGAAGAAGAAUAUUGAGAAUGAAAAAAAAUUAGAUUUUGUUUCUUUUAAUUCUAUCAUGCCAGUUAUUCUUGGUCAUCCGAUUGAAAGACAAUUCCAAAAUGCCUACACUAACAAUAUAUUUAAGUUGUUCCAAGAUGAAAUAAGAGGGUUGAUGUUUUGCGAUGCCUCUUUGUUGAGGGAAGAAGGGACAACUUUAAUAUUUGAAGUAGUAGAAAAUAUGUUGGGACAGAAUGGACAACCUGGAAGAGAAGUUUCCUUUAGGGUAAAUUAUAUCGAGUUAGAUUGCCAAUUGAAGUGUGUGUGUCGUUUGUUUGAGUUCCGAGGAAUUUUAUGUAGGCAUAUGAUCAAAGUGUUGAUGAGAAUGAAAGUUAUUGAAGUUCCAAUGAGUUAUAUUAUGGACAGAUGGCGCAAAGAUAUUAAGUGUGGGUAUCAAAGCAUCAGUAACAUAUAUGAUGAUUAUGAUUGUGGUGGAAAAAGACUUCGGUAUAAUACUCUCACCCCAUUGAUGCAAGAGGUUCAACAACUUGGAGCCGAAAGCGACGACAUUUGUUCUAUUUUGGUGGAAAUCAUGAAAGACACUAAGGAAAAACUUAUUAUUGCUAUAGAGAAUGGGCAAUCAAGGGCUGAACAACUUGAAGAAGUAUCUACAUCCGGGACAAAAGCGAUACACUCUCCAUUGAAAGUAAGAACCAAAGGUCGUCCACCCACAAAGAGAAAACAAUCUAAGGUUGAACAAAUUGUGAAGAAAUCAUUUGCAAAGGCCCGAAAGAAGCUAUGAGUACUGGUUUUUUGGCUGACGAUGGAAUGAAAAUUCAGGUAGAAAUUGCAAGUAUAAUGGUAUAAGGCUUUGUUUUCCAUUUCCAUGCAAUUUGUGGUUUAUUCCAGUGCAACUUUAAAGUGUAGAUAUUGAAGCAGUGUAAGUUUGUUGCAAUCCAAGUUUCCUUUGUCUAAAUCGUUCCUUUUAACAUCUUCGUUCCUUUUAACAUCUUCUUUUGUUUUAUUUAUCAUUUUAUUGGAGCAGAUCAUGCCUUCUCUAAAGACUUUUGAAAGAACAUGGAUCAUUUUUUGCCUCUGUUACAUUGGACGAUAUAUCUGAAGUUGCGGCUUCUGAAGUUGCUGGUUUGGAAGAAUAUGGAUUUUUGUUAAAAUGCUAGUUCUAAAGUUGAAAUGGACUUUUGGAAGGAGAUGAAAUUUCUAUUAGCACUAUUAAAUUGUUAUUAGCAAUGUUAUUGAAUUUGUGUAUCCUAUAUUAGC